ACGGGGAUUUGUCAAUAGUACCACAAAGUCGCUCGCCCAAUUAUCUCUUCAAUCAACCAAACUAAGGGUUAGGGUUUCGCAGAUUCGAUCUAUCUUUCUCUCUCUCUCUCUCUAUCUGGAAAUGGCGAUGAGGAAGUUUUUCAGCGAGAUCAAGGGAAUGAAAGUGAAAGACGUGCCGGCGCAUGUGAAGCCGAUGGUGACAACGAGCAACGCGAGAAAUUUUAUUCAGAGAUCAUUGGAUAAUUACCAUGCCAAAUACAUCCUGACCGACUCGAUCGCACCUCUCUAUCAUAUCUGCUUUGGUGGCAUGAUCUUCUCUUACCUCGUCGCCCUUCCUGAGGAGCGACGUCACCUUGAGCAUCAGCAACAUGCCAAAGAGCACGGCGGCCACUAAUUUGUUUAUCCGGUCGAGUGGCGCUCGGUUUUUGGGAGUAUCAGAAUAAUUGAAGUCCUCCGCUUUUUCCGUCGUUUCUUGUUUGGUUCUCAAAGGUGGAGGAUGAUUACAAGAAACUGCCCCAAAAUAAACAAUUAUCUUUUUUAUUUUUUGGUUGCGUGAGGAAAACACACAUGAUUCAUUAAACCUCUCUCUGUCUGUUGUUGAUGUUAUUGCUUGCUUUAUUAUAUCCAGAAUCUUGUGUUCA